AUGAGGAUUACUUGCUUGGCUAUAAUUUCCCUGUCAAACCUGAAAAAUUACCAUCUCGCCAGGGUAGAAGCGGGCCCCGCGUUGCUGCAAAAUACUUCUGACGACUCUCUUGGACAGCAGAAUAUUUCUCAACCCUCCACCGCAGUUCCGUUUAAUUUUUCAAGAUUAAUUGGCAAAAGAAAAGACGAUUGGCGCGACGCUUGGGAUAAGCCACAGAUAAUUUGGUCACCAGAAAGCCGUCAUCAUCCAGAUUGGGGGCGACACGCAUCAACACUAGCGAGAGAGGGUUCUGGAAGAGUGACGAAAACCUCAAAGUUCUUUUCCUUCCUAAUCUUAGGAGCGGUAAUUGGUUUUGUAUUGUACACCUAUUUUGCGCACGUCUUGCUGUUAAGAAGG